AUGGAGCCGGGCUCCGACGCCGAGGAGGCGCGCACGGUGCGGGAGGCGCUGGGCCGCUACGAGGCGGCGCUGGAGGGCGCGGUGCGCGCGCUGCACGAGGACAUGCAGGGGCUGCAGCGCGGCGUGGAGCGGCGCGUGGCCGAGGCGCUGCGCCUGGCCGGCCCACUGGCGCGCACGGUGGCGGACCUGCAGCGCGAUAACCACCGACUGCAGGCGCAGCUCGAGCGCUUGACGCGGCAGGUGGAGGCUCUGGGGACCGGGCCGUCCUCCGCGGCCGGCACUCGGGGCACGCCCAGCCCUCCGCCCGGUGUCCCCGGCCGCGCGCCCCGCCUGGGUACCGCGCGCUUCGCCAGCCACGCCACCUUCUCGCUGUCCGGCCGCAGCCAGAGCCUGGACCACCAGGACGAAGCUGGUGAACCAGAGGCGCGGAGAGCCUUGGACGCGUAUGUCGUUGAGAAUGGGCACCAGCCAGGGGCAGGUCUGGGUGAUGGACCCCCGGAGACUGCCCAAACCUUCCCGGAACCACAGCCUCCGAAGCCGCGUCCUGUGAGCCUCUCCUUGCGGCUGCCCCACCAGCCCGUCACAGCUGUCACGCGGGUCUCGGAGAGGUUCUCGGGGGAUACCUCGGCCACAGCUCUCUCUCCCACGUCUGCCGCCGUCGUGGGGGGGCCCAGCCUGAGCCCCAGUGAGCCCACCACAGCCUGGACUCCCGGUCCCAGCGAGAAGAGCCCUUGUGUCCCGCGGUCCGGUGCCGGCUAUGGGGCAGCGCUGGCAGGCAGGGAUGGUGACAGCCCAACCCUGGCAACGCCACCCCGGUCGCCCCCAUCCCCCCCACCGCCAGCCACGACCCAGGCCCGGCGCCGGGAGCUGGUGAGGUCACAGACGCUGCCCCGCACAUCGGGGGCGCAGGCCCGGAAGGCCUUGUUUGAGAAGUGGGAGCAGGACACCGCGGGCAAGGGCAAAGGGGAGGCGCGGGCCAAGUUGAAGCGGUCCCAGAGCUUCGGAGUGGCCAGCGCCAGCAGCAUCAAGCAGCUCCUGCUGGAGUGGUGUCGUAAGAAGACGCUUGGCUACCAGCACGUGGACCUGCAGAACUUCUCCUCCAGCUGGAGCGACGGGAUGGCCUUCUGCGCCCUGGUGCACUCCUUCUUCCCUGACGCCUUCGACUACAGUGCCCUGAGCCCCGCGCAGCGGCAGAAGAACUUUGAGCUGGCCUUCACCAUGGCUGAGAACCUGGCCAACUGCGAGCGGCUCAUUGAGGUGGAGGACAUGAUGGUGAUGGGCCACAGGCCGGACCCCAUGUGCGUCUUCACCUACGUCCAGUCACUGUACAACCACCUGCGUCACUUUGAAUGAAGCCCGUGGGGCCUGGCUGGCCAG